AUGCAAGCAACCAAAAAUCCCAUGCAAAACAUCAGAUUAGAGAAAGUCUGCUUAAACAUUUGCACUGGUAAGAGUGAUGAUACGUUAAAUAAGGCGGCCAAAGUUUUAGAGCAAUUAACGGGACAAACUCCUGUAUUUAGUAAGGCUAAAAUAACAAUUAGAUCUUUUGGUAUCAGACGUAAUGAAAAGAUAGCAGCUAAUGUAGUAGUUAGAGGUCAAAAAGCCUUUGAAGUUUUACAGGCUGGUUUAAGAGUUAAAGAGUUUGAGUUAGUUAAUACUUGCUUCUCUGAAACGGGUACUUUUGGUUUUGGUAUUCAGGAACAUAUUGAUUUAGGGAUUAAGUAUGAUACUAAUAUUGGUAUCUUUGGAAUGGACUUUUCAGUAGUCUUAUCUAAGGCUGGACGAAGAGUUGGUGAGAGGAAGAAGUGCAAGAGUCGAGUGGGGAAGGGACAACGUGUUUCUAAGGAAGAGGCCAUGAACUGGUUCCGAAAGACCUUUGAUGGGACCGUUAUGGUUCUGAAAGAGGCUGUCGAGAAUGUCUAA